GCUGUGGCUGUUAUACAUCCUACCAUGACGACAGCUCUUCCUGGUGUCCCUGCCACACCAGUCUGUGUGCAUGCACACUCAGGAUGGCCGAGGAAUUGUCACUCCCAUAUCAAUCAGGUUGAAAAAAGCUGCAGGGGUGCACCUGGCCGAGGAAGAUGCCACUGCAGACUGUCCCUGGGUUAAUGUGGCUCUGGCAGAACAUGCCCUUUCAGACACUGGUCAUGUUCUUAGGCCUGUUCCUGCUGAUUGCUGAUUGCAUGGAAAGGAGACGGCCAAAGAAUUUCCCUCCAGGACCUUUGCCCCUGCCGUUCCUGGGCCACCUGCUCCAUGUGGAUUUCAAACAGCCCCAUAGGACUGUAGAGAAGCUUGUUGGAAAAUAUGGCAACAUUUUCAGCUUGCAGCUUGGUAACCUGACAUUUGUGAUUGUAAAUGGAUUCCAGCUGGUGAAGGAAGUGCUUGUCCAUCAGGGUGAAUACUUUCUUGGUCGCCCACAAAUUCCUCUUAUCUACGAAAUCUUCGGUCCAUUUGGAUUAGUCACCUCUAAUGGACAUAGCUGGAAACAACAAAGAAGAUUUGCUUUAUCAACUCUAAGAAACUUUGGCCUGGGGAAGAGGGGCUUAGAAGAACGAAUACAGGAGGAGAGCAGAUACCUCACAGAUGCAAUUGAGGAAGAAAAAGGGCAACCUUUUGACCCUCACUUUAAAAUUAAUAAUGCUGUUUCCAACAUUAUCUGUUCCAUCACUUUUGGGGACCGGUUUGAAUAUCAUGACAGUCACUUCCAGAAGUUACUGCGGUUGAUUGAUGAGACUUUGUACCUCCAGAGAACUAUUUGGAGCCAGCUGUAUGACUCCUUCCCGACCAUAAUGAAGUGGAUACCUGGACCCCAUCACACAAUUUUUAAAAACUGGGAAAAACUGAAGAGUUUUGUGAAGGAAAUGAUUGCAAAGCACAAAGAGGACUGGAAUCCAUCUGAACCCAGAGACUUCAUUGACUGUUAUCUGAAGGAAAUAGCAAAGGCCGAUGCCGACCCUAGUUUCCAUGAAGAAAAUCUCGUAUUUUCCACACUGGAUCUUUUUUUUGCUGGAACUGAGACAACGUCUACAACCAUCCGCUGGGCUCUGCUGUACAUGGCCCUAUAUCCUGACGUUCAAGAGAGAGUGCAAGCGGAGAUUGAUGCAGUGAUUGGCCAGUCUCGCCAGCCAGCCAUGGACGACAGGGACAACAUGCCAUACACCAAUGCAGUUAUUCAUGAAGUGCAAAGGAUAAGCAACAUCUUGCCUUUAAGUGUGCCCAGAAUGGCAACUAGUGACACAACACUGGCCGGAUUCUAUGUGCCAAAAGGCACCGUUUUGAUUCCCAAUUUGACAUCAGUGCUGUUUGACAAGAAUGAGUGGGAAACCCCUCAUACUUUUAAUCCUAAGCAUUUCCUGGAGGAUGGUCAGUUCAAGAAAAAAGAAACUUUCCUCCCAUUCUCUGCAGGAAAGCGCGGUUGCCUUGGCGAGCCACUGGCUAGAAUAGAGCUGUUCCUGUUCUUCACUGCCCUCCUUCAGAAAUUCACAUUCCAAGCUCCGAAGGACGUGAAGCUAAGCCUUAAAUUCAGAACGGGACUUACUCUCCGCCCACAGCCAUACAAGAUCUGUGCGCUGUCUCGGUAGGGAAAGCCAGGAAAUUUUUGUCAUUGCCCCAUUUCUCAAAAUAAUUAGUUUGCUGUGCUUGUAUAUAGGGCUGCAGUUCACUAUGGGCAUGUCUAUACUUGCCAUUUAAGCGGAAAAAGCCCCUUUUUUGCACAAAAACCACGGGAGCGUCUACACUUGGUUUUCUUUUUGCGGUGAAACUUCUGAGUGAACAGCUCUUACCAGUGAUGCUUUUGCAUUGAUAUGCAAGUGAAGACACGUUUUUCCUGUUUACCCAGCUUUUAGCCUCCGCAGGAUAUCCCACAGUGCCUAGCUGACCACUCUAGCCAACAGCUCUGUUGCCAGGUAAACAGACAUCCACCCCUCCACCUGUAAAGCCCUAGGAACUUUGAAACUCCCCUUCCUGUUUUCUCCGUAAGUGCUCACUUAUCUGGCCAGGUGACAAUGCCUGCUCCAGGGAGCAAACGAUCCCCUGCUUGGAGCAAUGCUGAGCUAAUGGCGCUUAUUAGUGUUUGGGGAGAGGAGGCUACACACGAACCCAGGAUGCCCCAUGAUCACCUCCCCGCCCCUUCCCACAAGACCCAUCGUCAAACUGGAGAGAGCUGCACUGUGGGAUAGCUGCCCUAGAGUGUUGCUCUCAUCACGAUGGAAGUGCUGCAAAUGUAAAGACUCUCUGAUGCCUAAGAAAUUAAGUGAGUACACAAACCAGCACUUUACUUUCACUGGUUCCCUAUCACUGCAAAAAAUCUGCAAGUGUAGACAUACCUUAAGUCUCCAAAUCUCCCUGCCUGCCUCUGUUCUUAUAACCCAACAGGGGACCAAUAUCAGCAAUUGGAUGAUUUGGGAAGCUGAUAUUGGAAGGGGCUGUGGCUGUUAUGAUACAUCCUACCAUGAUGGCAGCUCUUCCUGGUGUCCCUGCCACACCAGUCUGUGUGCAUGCACACUCAGGAUGGCCUAGGAAUUCUCACUCCCAUAUCACUCUGGUUGAAAAAAGGUAAGUAUAUUUCAUGAAUUCUUUCAAAAGGAACAUUUUGUUUCAUUUGCAGUUUUUCAUGAAAUAUUUAGUUUUUCAAUGGAAACUUUUCAAAACUGUUUUUGUUGAAAAAAAUUCACUGGUGUGAAAAAAACACAACCAGAAGAGAACUCCUGACUCUUUAAAAAAGUUAAUACUAAUACAUUUUUAAAACCUGCCCACAUUGGGAUUUGAAUUCCUAACCUAUAUAACAGUACUAGUGCUCAACCCUGCUGCCAUGAGUAUUGCUGAGAAACCUCAUGGCCUUUAGAUGGUGGGCCAGGAAGGGAACUAGGGCAGAGUAUUAACAUAUCGACUAUUCCAGUUGGAACGGCCAGGUUGCUGAUGGGGUUGGUUUAGUGCACAUGUAGUUGAACGACAUUUCAUAGGCAAAUUUACCAUGGUUCUUAAUUUUAAAUUUGGUGUUUAUUUUAUGGUGUUUAGGUGCUUUAGAAAUACUUCAGAGGGCAGAUAUUUUGUUGGCUGGCUGAGGAUCAAUGUAGUUAAAGAGCAGUUAUAGCCCUUAUUUUGCAAUGUGGAUAGUAUUUUCAAAGGUAAUUUAAAAGUAUUUGUUGAACAAUGUUGGAUUUUGGGCCUAUCAUCCUUGAAAAGCGAUUCUUCAAGAAAUUCUAAGAGUAAAAGGAGUUAUUAAUUUUUUUUAAAUUUAAAGAUAACUUUCUGCAAAAAAGUUCCAAUAACUGACAUUUUAAAGUUAAUAAAGAGCACUUGUUUGUA